AUGCAAAAUAAUAAUCUUUCAACCAAUACUACAACUGAAGAAAAAAAUCAAAAUGAAAAAACAUUUCAUUCGCAAGAAAAUGUUGACAAUGAUCGUAAUAUUAUAAAAAAAAGUGAUAACGAUAACCUAAAUAAUACUAACAGCACUAAUAAUAAUACCAAUAGUAAUAAUAACAAUAAUAGUAACAAUAAUCUUGAUAAUAACAAUAACGACAAUAUUGCUACCUCAAAUAUAACUAGUAUAAAUAAUAUACCUACAACUUCUCUCACUUUGGACACUUCAAAUUCUUCUUCUUAUACCAAUCAUGAUGUUCCUUGGUCUGCUGCAUCAUUAAAAAUUGAACACUUUGAAAACAGCAACAACAAUAAUUCAGAUGAGGAAAAUAAAUUAGAAACUCCAAUUUAUGUCGAUGAUCUUUCACAAGCUCCCACAUUUACACCUUUUAGUCACAACAAUGGCAACAGCUCCAAUUACAACUCUGACCGUCAUGAACAGUAUAGUAGUGAUAAUAAUGGUAGCAGUGACAUUAAUCUAAGAAACAACAGGAAGAAUGGUAGUCAUAACAGUAACCAUUACAAAGUAUUACCUCAAAAUGUUUCACCUAAAACAUCAAAAUUAAGAAAACGUAACAGUAUAGCAAGUGAUGGGCUUGGUGGCAGUAGUGGUGGAUAUAAAGAUGGUGGGAACGUUACUCAAGAUGAUACUGGUUCAGAGCUUCCACUUGUAGUUGGCGGUGGUUAUGUUCCCGCCACUCCAAAAAGAAAUAUCGAAUUCCAUUCUUUAUUUAGAAGUGUGCCUGAAUAUGAUUCUUUGAUAAAUGAUUUUGGAUGUGCUUUACAAAGAGAAAUUUUGGUUCAAGGACGUUUAUAUGUUUCUUGUACUCACGUUUGUUUCAAUGCAAAUAUCUUUGGAUGGAUCACAAAUUUGGUAAUAGCAUUCAAAGAUAUUGUAUCAAUUGAAAAAAGGAUGACCGCUUUUGUUAUACCAAAUGCCAUUUUAAUAUCUACAUUACAUGCAAAGAAUUUCUUUACGUCAUUUCUUGCAAGAGAUACGGCAUAUGAAUUAUUAUAUACUAUGUGGAAACAAUCUCAUCCAUCAUUAGCCCGAUCAACUUCUAUGUAUGAUGAAAUCGAGGAAAAAUCAGAAGGAUUUGGUCGUAAUUUUAUGAAUGGUACUGCUGGAUUAUUACCUAAAAUACCAUUCUUUCCAAAAAAAACUACACCAGAAGAGAUUAAUAACAGUGUCCCAACUACUCCUGACGCAAAAAAACAAAAUUCCAAGAUAAACAACAAUAAUUCAUCAUCAAAAUCUAAAUCCACCAGAAAUAAUAACUCCACAUCAAACAACAACAAUUCUACAACCCAUGGUACCAAUAAUAAUAGUUCUAGAACAUCCAAUUCAAGAAAAAAUAAUCAUAAUCAUCAACAACUACCACCACUGAUAUCACGUGGUUUAAGUAUUUCAAAAUCUGCUGUGAACAAACGAAGAUCACCAACUCAAUGCGCUUGCAUGAAAAAUAAUCAUUUCGCCAAUUUAUCUUUUGAUGGUAAAUUACCAGGAACAGUAGAAAAAAUUUAUAAUUUGCUAUUUACCAGUGAUUUUGUAGAACGUUAUCUUACCUACGAGGAAAAAUGUACGGAGGUUCAUAUAGGUGAAUGGAAAGCAGGUUAUAAUGGCAAUUUAACACGAUCGACGGAUUAUAUAAAACCACUAAAUAAUUCAUUAGGACCAAAAAGUACAAAAUGCAUUAUUAAUAAUGAAUCCUUACAUCGAGACUUUGAAAAUUAUACUACUAACUUGUCUAUUACCACAACACCUGAUGUUCCAUCUGGAGGUUCUUUCUGCGUAAAAACAAAAACUUGUAUAAUGUGGGCAGGUCAAAGUGACACUAGAAUCAUUGUAACAUGUAGUGUUGAGUGGUCUAAAUCUAGUUGGUUGAAAGGUACAAUUGAAAAGGCGUGUAUCGAAGGACAACAACAACAUUGGAAAAGUUUAAUGCACUCUGCAAAGAAAUAUAUUUCUGCACAUCCUACCGAAUUCAGGGAUGAACUUGUUACUUCACCCAUACGAGAAAAACCAGGAAUAUUAAUAGAAUCGGAGGAAAUUUGUGAUGAAAGACCAUCAUCCAUAUCAAGACGUAGAUCAAAAGAACCAUGCAAACCACUAACCAUCACUGGUGAUCUUGAUCUUCAUGAACAAUUGCCGCCUACACCUGGACAACGUAAAGCAGCUGGUAUUAUAAGUGCACUUUUAGAACUUCCAAGCAUCAUAUCAUCCAUCUUGGGUCCAUUAGUUCAAACCAUUUUUUCUGGUCCACCCUCAACCAACACAUUGGCAGUCUUAGUAUUAGUUGCUACUUUGAUAAUUAAUUUUUCAACUUAUAUGGUAAUUCGGGAUUUAGGGUAUCGAGAACUUGUUUCAAUAUUUGAUGAUCAUUUUGAAAAUGAUGUUGAUUUAUUAUGGAAAUGGAUGAAUGAAAAAUCAAAAAGAUAUGAUAAUUUACAACAAAAAGAUAAAGAUUAUUAUCAUCAAGCAAAAUAUUCCUCGCCACCAUUAUCAUCAUCAACUAGACAUAAUCCACAACCAUCAUCAACACAAUACAACGACAAUAAUAAUGAAUCGGAUAAUACUGAUGACGUGAAAAGUAAUAAUGAAAAAGAAAAGUCUAAAUCUCUUAUUACCUCACAAAACCUUUACGAACAAAUUGAUGAUUUAGGCAAAUUAAUGAAUUUUGCUGAAGGUCAUGUGAAGAAAUUAGUUAAUGUUGCUGAAGUUGAAAGAACUUCUAAUAAAGAUGGUGAUGAUGAUAGAAUACAAAAUGAACUAUAA